ACUUUUUUUUUCUUUUCAAUAUGUUUAACCAGCAGCAAAAACCCGCUUUCAAGUUUGUUAUUCGUAGUAAGAUUGAUGAUCAAACAAUAGAAGAAAAGCAAGAACCAGCUUCUAUUCACAAGCCAGCAGUCAAUGAAAUUCUAAAAGAACCAGAAGAACGCAAACGCAAGCGCGCUGAAAAGGAUGCACUACCGCCUAUUGCUGCCAAAAAGAUUCAUAGCCAACUCGAAAGAUGGAACAGGAAACAAGAAGAACUCAAACAGGAAAGAGAGACAGAGGAAGAGAUUGAAAGAGGACGUAAUAACUAUAUUGAUAUCGUCACCCUGGUUUGCGUCUUAUGUCAACGCAAGUUCAAAUCCAAGCCUGAUUUAGAAAAGCAUCAAGCAGUUUCAGAACUUCACAAAAAAAAUCUGGAUGAUACUUCAGCAGUGAACAAAGCAAAACUAAAGAUAGGUUUUAUGAAAUCAGAGCAAGAUUUGCAAAUGAAAAUACCAGAACCAAUAACAGAGUAUCGCAAUCGAGCUGCUGAAAGAAGACAAGCUUAUGGUCAGCCUGAAAAACCAAUAUUGUCUCCACCACCUCCACCACCAAGACAAUUGUCUACUCCACAUGCAAUAGAGGCUUUACCAAAGGCCUCUAUGAACAUACCUAUUAGUGAAAACAACAAAGGUGCUCGUAUGUUGCUACAAAUGGGUUGGAAGAAAGGAGAAGGUCUUGGUAAACAUGGCACAGGCAUUUUAGAUCCUAUCAAAGCAGAAAGUUAUGCUCAAUCAGCUGGUAUUGGUUCAACAGACAAUCGCCGUAAUUUGCCACGUAAGAAACUGCUCGGUGAUCGUUAACCCAUUUAAUAUCAAAAUAAAAGGAGUUUUAAUCAAAAUUGGC